AUGCGCCCGCCCACGAAAAGAAGAAAGAUCGCUGUCCCCGCGCGUGUGGAGGAAAUAUCAUUCAACCCAGAGUCCCGCGAGGAGUACCUGACCGGGUUUCACAAGCGAAAAGUACAGCGCGCCAAACAUGCACAGGAAGCUGCAGAGAAGAGAGCAAAGGAGGAGAGGAGAGAAGCGCGGAAACAGAUCCGAGAAGAACGAAAGGCAGAAUUCGAAGAAGCGCUGAAACGGCAUCGGGCGGAGAUGGAGGCGUUAAAUGGCUUUCCCUCCACCGUGGGAGGGGACGAUGACUCUGAGGAUAGAGAUGAUGGCGAAGAAUGGAAUGGAAUCAUCGAUCCCCCGCCAGUGGAUUACGAGGCGGAAUAUAUCGACGAAGACAAAUACACUACUGUCACUGUGGAAGAAAUCGAAGCUACCAAGGGCGGACUAGUAGUUAUGAAGAGGGACGUAGACGGGAAACCUCAGGAUAAAGAUGAGGCUGCAAACACGGAAGACGAGGAUGAGGACGAUGAGGAGAAGAAAGAAAAAGAGAAAGUGAAGAGCGACGGGAAAGGAAAAGGAAAGAAGAUAUGGACGAAGGAGAACCCUAAUAAAGAGAAUAGGAAGAAACGGAAGAAGAAGCGAGACUUCAAGUAUGAGAGUCCGCUGGAGAGGAAGCUGAACAGGGCCAAGGAGCGCGGGAAGAAGAAGAAACAGGCUGACGCUAGAAAGGCAAGCAAGGGAUGA